UUCUAAUAUCUAUACUCCAUCUAUCUUUGAUCUAUUUCAGAAGGAGUUUCUCUUGUUUGAUGCUGCAUAUAUAAAGCAUAAAGAGGAAAUAGGAUCAUUAUGUGAAUAUGUUGUUGGACUAAUCAAUCAUGAUAGGGAAUGGAGGGUGAUAUAUGAUCCUAACAUGAAGUUGAUUUGUUGUAGUUGUCGAAGGUUUGAGAUGAUUGGGUUGAUAUGUUGUCAUUGUGUGAAAGUGUUUGAUGUGUUAGAUGUGAAAUUACUUCCAGAGAAUUAUAUUCUUAAAAGGUGGACAAGAAAAGCUAGAACCGGUGUGGUGCAUGACUAUAUAGGUAAUGAGGUUGAAGAAGAUCCUAAGUUACAAAUUACUGAGCGGUAUCGGAGGCUACGUCUAAUGCUCAUACGACUGGCGAAUGAAGCUUCUAUUCAUCAAUCAACUUUCUCCUUGGGGCACGAUUCAAUUUCUGAUCUACAAAAAAAGUAAUGGAAAUGCGUUUAGCUGAACACGUCCAAGACAACAGUAACAAUGCAAACAUCUCUUCAAUGGUCCCUACUACAAAGGUACCAAGAGGAUUCAAGAAAAGAAUUAGUGUAAGAGGUUCAAAACGGUUGAAAAGUUGGGUGGAACUUCAGCCAAAACGGAAAAAAAAGCAAAUCAUAAGACCAAGGAUGUUGGAGCACAAAAUGCCAUUGCCUACUUCUAGUUCAGCACUUUCGACAUCUCAUGCGUGCCCGGAAAGGACUCCAAAUCAUUUAAGUUUCACCGAAAUGGUACCAUUUGAUCAAACCAUGUUUUCUGCUGAUCGAACAUAUUUCAGUGGAGAUGCAUCUAAUGCUGACAAUCGAGAUCGAGAUUAUUGAAAUUAUUAGUCUUUUUGAUUAAAU